CAACGCUAGAGGAGAAUUAAACAAGAUGGGGAGACAAAUUGAAAUUUUGGGGAGACCUCAAAAAAGGAACAAUUAAAAGUUUUUAAAUUAAAAAUUAAAGAAAUUUUUGAAGAUUUAAUGUUGAAAUGAAAUUUGACUUAUCCCAGAAACAUAUGUGACAAUUAAUUUCUAAGUAAGAAGUUUAUUUAUAAACUAAAACUGAAAUAAAAACUCACCAUUGAACAAUUAAGAAGAUCCCAAGUCGUUUAAUGUUGUAUUUGAGGAAAAAUACACUCUGCAACACGGAAUAUGAAUUUUCUGCUAGUGGUUGACCUUGAAGAGAAUAAAACAAGAUUAAAAUUUAUUGAAAAACUUGAACAAAACAGGUAUUAUUUUCCUCUUUCAAAGCUUACUAAAGAUUUUUAUCGAGUAAACAUUGUAAAAUACAGAGAUUUUGAUUAUCCUGAUUACAACCUAUUAAGAUAUUUGGCACUUGUACAAAUCAUUUUUGAGAUAAUGAUACAAGAAGAAUUAAGCAUGGGAGAUAUCAUCGUUAUUGAUUUAAAAUAUGUAAACAAAACUCAUGUUCUAAAAACUACUCCGACCCAAAUGAAGAUGUCAAACUUUUUUUUAGAGCAACUAUGGGCAAACAGGGUCAAGGCUAUUCACUUUAUCAAUGUUCCAACUUAUGCUGAAAUGUUAAUUUCAUUAGCUAAAACUGUAGUGAAGAAAAAAAUUAAGGAAAGACUGUUUGUCCAUGCUUCUAACGAACAAUUGUUUGAACAUGUACCAAGGGAAUUUUUACCAAAGGAUUACGGUGGUGGAGAAAGAUCUCUAGAUGAACUAAACGAACUCUGGAGAUUAAAAAUGGAGAGAUAUCAACCACGCUAUGAGCAGUUACAAAAAUUAAAAGUGAAUGAAGCUCUUCGACCAGAGCCUUUGGUAAAUUCUGAUAUUCUAGGAUACUAUGGAAACUUCAAGAAAAUAGAUUUCGAUUAAGUUGAUGUUAAAAAGAAACACAAAAUCAGGAAUAACGUAUCUGUAAAUAAUAAUUUGUUCUUCGAAAACAAC